AUGACCACGAGGUCCCAGACGGAUAUCUCCGCCAUUUUGCCCCAUUGGUACCCAGCGAAAUGGAGGGUCCCACGAGCCUCCCACCUCCGAUGCGCAGAUGACAAACUGUGCCUUCCCAGUGCAAGAGGAGGUCAUGCUUUUCGCUUGACUCCCAGAGCGCACCCCAGCCCAGUCCUGGGGUCUGUGGGGGAAGGAAUCGAGGGCCCCAUCCAGGUGGUGUACCUCUCCAUCCUCCUUUCCUUCCUCGUGGUGGGAGCCUACCUGGUAGUGCGGCAGGUGCUGGCACGCAGGGAGUUGGAAGAGGCUGCCAAGGUGUUUGGAGAUCGCGUGCGAUCCGGUGAAGGCAGUGGCGAGGAUUACUUGGAGCUGGGCGUCAUUCUGCUGCGGAAAAAGCUGUACACGCAGUCGAUCAAGAACCUGGAGAAGGCCAAGAAAGCGUGGAAGGGGCCCCAAGAAGAGUUGGCAAAGGUGUACAAUGCCCAGGGCUUCGCCCACUUCAACCUGGAGCAGUGGAGCAAGGCUGCAGCUGCCUACAAGCAAGCCGUUGAGCUCCAGCCUCAGUAUGUUACGGCGUGGAACAACCUGGGGGACGCCUAUGAGAAGGCCAAGGAGUGGCGGCAGGCAUUGGACGCCUACAACCAGGCCUUGGUGGCCGAGCCAGGGAACAGCGUGGCCCAGGGGCGCGCGCAGUAUUGCCGAGGAAAGGUGGAACGCAUGCAGCUGGGGCAGUAG